GAGGUGCAAGAUAGAACAUGUUUGAAAAAGAGAGAGAAAAAAAAGAGAAUGAUCAGUAAAGGAAGAAGGAAGUGCGGUUCAGUGUGAGCGCGCAGCAGAGAUAGAGAGACAGGGCUUGGUGUGUCACUGGCUGGAAAGAACAUGCACAUGCGAGCGCAACUGAGGGUGUGAGUGCAUGAGAGUGUGUGUUUGUGUCUCUCUGUGUGUGUGUGUAUGUGGGUUCUGUGAGCAUGUGUGAUUGUGUAUGUCUGCAGUCGAGAGACUGACCUCUCCCAUGAAGAAGAAUGUCUCUCAAGCUGCCUCGAAACUGGGACUUCAGCACUCUCCGGGCUGAAACAGCAAAGAUGGCACGAUCUAAGAGUAUCAUGCCAGGGGAGGGAAGUCCUAAGUCGUUCCACAAGAGGUCAUUGGAGAAGCCUGUGAAGACUGGAUGGCUGAAGAAGCAGAGGUCCAUCGUCAAGAACUGGCAGCUGCGCUACUUUGUCCUCAGGGGCAAUAUCCUGACCUACUAUAAGGACGACCGGGAGGGUAGUAGUCCGGUAAGGGGAACCAUCUCAUUGUGGUCCAGUCAAGUUAACGAGCUUCCCUCAAAUGGUGACGACAAGUUCUUGUUUGAGAUUAUUCCACCGAGUUGUGGAGAUCGCGAGCGCGACCCUUAUGUUCUCAAGGCCCGUUCUCAGGCCGAGAUGGAUGAAUGGGUGCGGAGCAUCCGAAGGGUGAUUGGAGCCCCAUCCGGUGGAGUAUUUUGCAAAAGCCUUGCGGAUAUCAUGGUUUACGAGAAGAAGUUUGGACCGAAGGUGGUGCCCAUUCUAGUGGAGAAGUGUGCUGAUUUCAUCCGAGAGCAUGGGCUUAAUGAAGAGGGCAUCUUCCGUCUCCCUGGUCAAGAGAACCAGGUGAAGCAGUUCAGAGACGCCUUCGAUGCUGGAGAGAGACCCUCUUUCCCCAGUGACACAGAUGUCCACACGGUGGGGUCCUUACUCAAGCUGUACUUGCGGGAGCUCCCACAGCCGGUGGUGCCCUGGAGUCAGUACCAAGACUUCCUGGACUGCAGCAGUCAGGUGGACGCCAGCACCGGUCUGGGUAAAGAGUGUUUGGAGAAACAGAUAGCUCUCCUUCCAAGAGUAAACUACAAUCUCCUCAGUUAUAUUUGCCGGUUUCUCCAUGAGGUUGGACAGAAUUCAAAGGUGAACAAGAUGAGUGUGGAGAAUUUGGCCACAGUCAUUGGUGUUAACCUAUUCAAACCACAAAUGGAGGAUGCCAUCAGUAUGAUGAAAGGGACUCCUCAGAUCCAGAAGGUCAUGACGGUGAUGAUCCGACACCACGCGCUGCUCUUUCCCGCGUCCAAGGACGUCAAGUCCUCCCCUCCCCCCACCAAAAGGAAAAGUAAAAAGUCCAGUGGAACUUGCUUUGUUGGAUGGGAGUCGGCUGAGGGAGACAACACAUCGUCAGAGUCUGCUGAAGAGGAGGAUGCGGAGGCUGACCGAAGCGAUGGCUGGGGACCGGAGGACCAUUCUGGCGUGGGCUCCACGUCCCCCACGUCCCCCACCUCAGACGACUGGGGGGGGCAGAGCCCCCGCAAACGCACCCAGACGCUCCCCAACCUGAUGAAGGGACCGGCGGCGACCCGCACGGCCCGCGACGACGCCACGUUCCGAUGGAGCCGCAUCCAGGAGACCUGCGACGAGCGCGACGAGAAGACGCUGUCCGAGGACAUCUUCAAGAUCCUGGACCUCCAGGGCGUGUCCUCGUUCGCACCGCCGAGGGAAAAGGACGAGGAGGAGGCGGUGGCGGCUGCGGCGGACGGCCCCGCAGCCAAGGACAUCGACGGUCCCCCAAAGACAACCGACGCCUCUGCGUCCACACCCAAGGCCCAGUCGGCACGGCCCGGUGAUUUAUAUCCAGUCAGAGAGGAGCCGGUUGGAUCAGCCACAGCCUCCCCACACCACACUCCAGACACCCAAGGAGAAGGCGCCGGAACCUCUCUCAACUCCAUUAACAGCUUGCAGCAACAGAACAAGGAGCUGCUGGCCAAGGUGGCAGAACUGCAGUCGGCGCUGGACGCUGAGAAGCGGUGCGUCGCCGCUCUGGAGAUCCGCCUGCGCAACGCCGAGCGUAGCCGCGACGAGGCCCAGAGACGCAACCGGGAGCUGGAUGAGGAGAUCAAGACCUUCCUCGGCCCGAGCGGCCCUCCGUAAAGCCGCCCCAUCCAGAGACACUGAUAAUCAAAUCGUAAUUUAAUAGUCAUGGAUGCCGAGUCGACAGGCCAUUUGCAGGUGGCCGGUUGAGGGCUUUGGGUCUCCAGAGGGGAUAAUGUGGCCAGAUGGAGGAACGUCCAGCAGAGCAUAGCACACGUCACACUCAGGGAAUCCGUCGGUAAUAAAGGUACUUACAGCUCUGAGCUGUAGCCUCCCAUUUCAAAGGUCCUGCUAAACCCAACACUGUAAUGUGUACUGAGAGAGAUGCACCACCCUCACUCACUCAGUGCAUGUCUCCAUGUCCUGUCAUUUCACAAUAAGAAUAGUUUUUUUUUGUACAGGAUUGUGUUAUUCGACUAAAUAUUGUUACUGCGCAUGGAUAUAAUAAAUGUGAUAUAUCAAGAUAA